AUGGAAACAUCGUUGAUAAACCGCCUUCUACCCAAAGAGAUUAUGCACUUAAUCGUUGGGCAUCUUGCAAGUAGUGUAGAUAUCAAAAGCUAUCGUUUGGUGUGCUCAGACUGGAACUCAACCAUUUGGUCUAUGUUCUAUAAGGAUGGGAUUUCAAUUUUUUUGACAAAACAAAAUUACCAAAAGCUCCAAGACGAUUUCUUAAAGUUCCCCGAAUCGAAGAUGAAAAUACAAAAAAUGUAUAUUGUAUUCGACAAAGAAAACAGUUUUCGUGAUUUUUGGAUAUACCUCAAUAUUCUAAUGCCCAUGAUCGCCGAAUGCAAAAAUAUAAGAAAACUACACUUCAUAUCAGAAAAACUAGAACCUUAUCAUUUAUCACCAUUGCUGAUUGAAACAGUAGAUCUUCCGUGCAUUGAAGAAAUUAUUACACACUAUCCGGUGGAAUGUAAUCCAUCCCUGCGACAAGCGUAUUUCAACAUUAACUUCAAGUAUCGCAACACAAUAACACAUUUGAGAAUCAACAAUUAUAUUGAAAAUGCGACCUACUCGCAUGAAAAUUGUUUUACUAGGGCUGAUAUGGAGACAAAGGCAUGUAUUGAUUCUAACUUAUCACAUCAGAAGAUAUAUGAUUUCACGUAUAAAAGAAAAUGGGAUUACUACAGUGGAAUAGUCGACUAUGUUAAUAACUUCCGUAACCUCAAAUGUCUAUCAUUACAAUUAUUUGGAUCAGAUAUUAUUGAUAUCACUAUUCUAACGGAAACUAAUCUUCCCCAGUUGGAAACAUUGGAAAUCUAUGGUAUGGAGCUGACCUUGUUUAUUGAAAACCCUCCUUCACAUUGGUCAAAGCUUAAUUCAUGCGCCUCUGUAACGGAUCUUAAACUAGAUGUACGUGAAUUUAGUGUAAACACCCUGGAAUAUUUCAUGACAUGGUUUACAAAUGUCGAGAAGCUAUCGAUUUUUCAUAAUUAUUCUAUGAAGAAUUAUCGCAAUUCAUCUUAUGGAAAAGAAGAAACUCCUGCUUUGAUUCAAAAGUUGAUUUCAUACUGUACGGGAAUAAAAUAUGUCAGGGGUUUUAUCUUGUACAAUGUCUUUGAAGGGGAAACAAAAAUUCGAAGGAAUAUUUUUCGCCAAAAUGGUCAAUGGAUUGAUGAAAUAAGAGAACCUGAUUAUUAUUUAAAUGACACUAUGAGCGAGAGUGAUGUCGAUGAUCAAUACGAUGAAUAUAUGAGCGAGGUUGAUAACGAUUAUUAUUAUUAUGAUGUCAUUACGGACGAGGAUAAUACCGAUGAUUAUGGUGAUGAUUUUGAUGAUAAUGAUUACAACAAAUAUUAUUAUAAUGAAAACCAUUUUCACAACCACCGUUAUCAUCGUCAUUACGGUCCUGAUUUCACUGGUGGCGGUUACUAA